UCUUCAACGGAGAUCCUCCCUCUACGCGUUCUCACACGCCUGCUCGUGCGUGUGAGUGUACUAUUUAGUUGUUUUCCACGACUCGGCUCAGAUAAGUUUUACACGUUUAGCAUUGAGCGAAAAUAAUUUAGGGAAACCUGCGAACACUUAACACAGAUCUAAUUGCUAAUGGAAACACUUGUGAGCCAUUUCUUGUCCAGAAUCUUCUGAGAUCAAUCAUGUCAGUCUGGCUUUUGUGUGCUCUGCUUUUUUCACUGAUUGGCCGAACAAAACAGGACGGGCACUUGACUACUAUAAAAGAGGUCAAAGUGUAUGCAGAGGAAACGGACACAUCUGAAGAUGGUGCAUGGGUGUUGAAUGUUGCAUGGAGAGAUGAGUUUUCUGAAAAUUAUGUGUUCAAGAAAAUCAGCUAUGAAAUAGAGGUCUUUUAUACUGAAAAUAUGUCGAGAGUUCACAGUGAAACUAUACAUGUGAUGCCAAACAAAACAACCUUUUAUCAUUGGAAAUGGACCUCGCCUAUACCGUUGCAAUGCACUUCCCAUUCGGUCAGGCUUAGGCAUCGAGAUCAGCUUUACGUUGGUGAAUGGACACCAUUAUAUACGUACAACGGACAAGAUCUAAAUCCUGUGGAAGCAAUGGUCUAUCCUCGCGAUCAAGUUUUCAUGAUUGGGAGUAACAUCACGUUCUGUUGCAUCAUGGAGACAGUUUCCAAUGUUCCAUAUCCUCCAUUUGGAAUUCAGAUCAGCAACAGGACAUACAUCACAGAACCAAUUCACUUUUAUUGGCAUAAUGAAUCCACUACAGACAUAGAAUGUGUUUUUAAAAAAGGCUCUUCCGAUGCAAGCGAAGGUGCUUCAGUAUUUAUUGGCUAUCCCCCAGAUGACCAGAAUCUUACAUGUAUAACACGGGAUCUCAGCUCUGUGGAAUGUCACUGGGAAAGGAGCACAAAAAAAGCCCAACUUAUUCAAAGAGAGACAAAGUACAAACUUAAUGGAAGAGAUUGUACAUUUGGUCAAUGUGGCCUACCUGCGAUGACAAAGCAGGUGACAAAAUGGACCCUGGUUGCCAAAAAUCCCCUCGGUGUGAAGACUCUCACAGAUAUAGCUGACCCCACACACCGAGUAAAGAUGAGAGCACCUAUUCAAAUAUCUCAUGUUGCUUAUGCAAGAAAUGUCACUCUAAGGUGGAGAUGGAACGAGAAAAAUUAUGCUUCGUUUCCAAUGAUUUGUGCAGUGAAGCUCAAUGGAAACUUUUACAAGGAACACUUCAGUGGAAAGGGACUUUUAGCACUUGUCCUUAAAAAUCUGCAGCCUUUUACUAAAUACACAGCUCAAGUGAGAUGUGGGUCUAAUGAGUCCUUCUAUGAAUGGGGCAGCUGGAGUGAAAUUACGGAGUUCACCACCAAAGAGGACAAUCCAGAAGCAGUAGACGUUUGGAUUCAAUAUUUUGAACAAAAUGCAUAUGUCCUGUGGAAGUCUCUAACUCCACAACAAAGCCAUGGGAUACUUACAGGAUAUAACAUAACCAUUACAAACCCCAAAGGAGGGAGCCAAUUUGAUAUUAUACUAAAUACGCAGCUGUGCUACAAAAUAAAUGAAACAAAUGGUCAAACCAUCACAGUCCAGGCAACAAACUCUGCUGGUCUUUCUCCUCCUUCUACCAUCAUCGCCCCAAGUUAUCCCGACAAUGAAGUCAGCAUAAGCCAUAUCAAUAGCAGUAAUGGUGGCUUUGAAAUAUCUUUGGAAGAGUACCGCUGUUCUACUUGUGGCCUUGUGGUCGAAUGGUUUCUAACCUACAAUAAGAGCCAAUGUGGUGUAGAAUGGGAGAGGAUCCCAAAAUGUGACAGAGGCACCUGGAAUAAGUCUGAUAAUCUUAAGCCAGGAGAGAGAUACACUGUCUCAGUCUAUGCCUGCUCUAAUGAUGCACCAAAGCUUCUCAAGAGGAGUGAGGGUUAUGCUAUUGAGGAAAAACCAGGGAAAGUUGAGAAUCUGACAGGGAAAAACAAUGGAAUAACUAUUGAGCUUUCCUGGAACAAAGUGCCCUUACACCUGCAAAAAGGUUUCAUACAAGGCUACAAUGUCACAACAUUGCUUUCUGGUUCUGAAAAAAUUAUUAACAAUACCGUGACAAAGGAGCAUAAAGUUAAUUUGAAAUUAGAUCCAGGCUCCUAUAUCUUCCGUGUUAGUGCCUUUACAUCUGGAGGGGAAGGUGACUACACUAUGUUCAAAAUGGAGAAGGAAAACUUUGACCAGGUGAUUGCAGCCACUAUUGUUGGUUGCAGUGCAGCAGCCCUUGUCUUCAUUAUCAUCACAGUCCUUUGCUACAGGAAACGGAAAUGGUUAAAGAAACUAUUGUAUCCAGAUAUUCCUGAACCAAAACUUGCAGGGAAAUGGAUUACAAAGGGCAUUUAUUGUACCCAGAUGACUGAGGGGUACGUAAAGUGCGAUAUUCAAGAGGCCCAGAGUUCAGAGCAUCCUGCAUUGUCAGAAAGUCUACACGGCCUUGACUUGAUCAGCUCUAACUCCAAAGUGCCUGCACAUUUCUACAUAAACUUUUCUGAAUCUCCAGUAGAAGUCUUAUAUUAUCCUGUUGAGAAGCUUACCUCCAUUCUUGAAAACCCUUCUUAUAAUUUGACCAUGCCAGAACCAGUUGAUGUUCCUCAGAUAUCUAAUCUUACACUGGAAAUGCAGGAUGAUUACAUCCCAGCCCCGAACUUUGAUCAGAAUAAUCUUGUUAAAGACUCAGAAAGCUACAAGCCCCAAUCAACAUGUACAGAUGAAAAGCUCCUGUAGACAGACUUCAGUGUCAUGCUAUGUAAUGCACACCAUGUAUAUGUGAAUUACGCCAAUAUAAAAUCCAGUUAAUUCAUGUCAUUUAUACAUGUAGGCUACUCUUUCCUCAACACUCUCAACUCUAGUAAAAAUGAGUAGUAAAAAUGCUGUUUUUUUUUAAUAUACUGUGAUGGAAAAAAAGCUGUUACCUUUUUUAGAACUGAAUCUGUAUAUUUGCAUUGUAUUUUGAUGUAAUAUUUAUUUACAUGUAUCUAUUUGGCACAUACUCGUGUGACCCCGGUGAAUCCAACCCAUAACCUUAUUGUUGCUAGCAUUAUGCUUCAAAAGAAUAAUAGUUCCCUCUUGUGGCAUUAAAGUGUGGUUAACACGUA